UCUAUCUAUAUAUACAUAUGUUUCUUCGUGCAUUACAUGACUUUGUUUCCAAAGUUAAUACUUCCAACUUCAGCUUCUUCUUAUCCAAAGAAGGCAAAUUUUAGGGUUAUUUGUUGUCUUAAAGAGAAUACUUUUGGAAAUGGGGAAACCUCCUUGUUGUGACAAAAAUGGACUGAAAAAAGGUCCAUGGACUGCGGAGGAGGAUCAAAAAUUGAUUGAUUAUAUUCGAAAACAUGGGCAUGGGAGAUGGCGUACCCUUCCCAAAAAUGCAGGGUUAAAGAGGUGUGGAAAAAGUUGCCGGCUUCGAUGGACGAACUACUUGAGACCUGAUAUCAAGAGGGGGAAGUUCUCAUUGGAAGAAGAGGAAAUUAUAAUACAAUUACACAGUGUUUUAGGAAACAAGUGGUCUGCUAUUGCUACUCGGUUGCCUGGAAGGACAGAUAAUGAGAUCAAAAACUAUUGGAACACUCACAUCAAGAAGAAAUUAUUGAGAAUGGGAAUUGAUCCUGUAACUCAUAGUCCUCGUCUUGAUCUUCUUGAACUCUCCUCACUUCUGAGCUCAUCUCUCUACAAUUCUUCUCAGCUUAAUCCAACAGGUUUGCUUGGAAUUGGAUCAAUGUUCAACCCAAACUGUCUGAACUUAGCCACAGCCCUUAUGACAUCCCAGAACAAGAACCUGGAAAUUGGUACUACGCCUGGAAAUGUUCAACAAAACCAGACAGGGAAUUUCCAAUGCCAAAACCAGUGUGAAUUCUACCAGGGAAAUCAGGUUCAGAAUCCAAUUCAAGCUUGCACCCAAAUUUGGCAAGCCAAUUUGAACCAUUUUUCUACAAACCCCACCAGCCUAACUUGCCAAAAUAGUACUCUACCUAACUUGUGGCAAGAAUAUGACAGAGAGAAUAUUAAUGUCAGUAAUUCAAAGGGAUUUUUUCCCAUGCAAAACUAUGGCUACCAUGAAUUUAAUCAAUCCAAUAUCAACUCUUUGGCUGGUCAAAACCAAACUUUUUUUUCUGAAAACAUCCCAAAUUUGAAUACUUUCAGGUCACUUCUAUCGACACCUUCUUCUAGCUCAACUCCCUUGAAUUCAUCGACGACAUAUGUCAACAACAAUGGCAGCAGUACUGAAGAUAUUGAAAGAGAUAGUUACUGCAGCAACAUGUUGAUGUUUGAUGUUCCUAAUGGAUUAAAUGUCAAUGGAAGUGUGUAAUAUUUGAAACAAGUUAAUGUUUGAAAAAAAAGGUUAGAUUGAAAGUCUUUUUAAUUGUUCAGAUUUUGACUAGGGGAUUGCAUUUUGUAACAUCUAUGUGAAUCUGAAUUUAUAUAUUAUUUUUGUAGAAGAUUUUUGUUGAAUUAGCAUGCUUAAUUUCUCUUUUUGUCAUUUCGUUGAUACAAAUUCUCAAG